AUUCCUUCAGGAUCAUAUUUUGGCAUGCGACACUUGCAGUGUUUAUUACUUUUUAAUGGCUUGGCCGUUGGCUAUGCAAUGCGCGUAAAUCUUUCGGUUGCGAUUGUGGCCAUGACAGAUGAAAAUGGUGAGGGUAUUGAUUUUACUGUUUACAAUUGGACAGAGCAAAUAAAAUCGUUUUUGCUGAGCAGCUUCUUUUGGGGUUACUUUAUUACUCAAAUACCAGGUGGUCAGUUGGCGGUAAAAUUUGGUGGUAAAAUGGUUUUCUUCUAUAGCAUACUUAUAAGCUCGGUACUAGCGGUACUGACACCUCUCUGUACACAAUUUGGUGAUUGGAAAUUAUUAUUCGCGUUGCGUGCCAUACAAGGACUGAGUCAAGGAGCGCUAUUUCCAAGCACACAUACAAUUCUGUCGAAAUGGGCGCCUGAACAAGAACGUGGCAUUUUGUGCACAUUUUGUUAUGCGGGAACUCAUUUUGGCUCGGUUAUAAUAUUUGCCAUAAGUGGUUUUAUUGCCGCAUCUCCAUUAGGCUGGCCAGGUAUAUUUUAUGUAUCUGGUGCACUAGGUUUUCUUUGGCUUGCUGUGUGGUUCAUAUUGGGUGCGGAUAGACCCAGUGAUUGUAAGUCAAUAUCGAAAGAAGAGCAACGCUUGAUUGAGGACUCAAUAGCUGAAAAACAAUUUGAAACUCCAGUGAACCAGAAUUUAAGAACGCCGUGGUGGAAAAUCUUUACAUCUGUUCCAGUAUUAGUUUUAAUUGUAGUACACUGUGCACAUAAUUGGGGAUUUUGGACGCUGCUAACACAAAUUCCUACCUACAUGAAAUUUAUAUUAAACAGAGACAUUAAAAGCAAUGCACUGUUAUCCACUCUACCUUAUUUAGCAGUACUUCUGCUUUGUUUUGUAUUCUGUUACGUCUCCAAUAUAUUUACUAAGUACCGCAUUCUGAAGAUUGGAACGAAUAGAAAGAUAUUUAACACAAUCGGCCAGUGGAUACCUGCGUUAACACUGAUCGCUUUAGGUUACGUACCAUCAGAUCAGGUUAAUUUAGCCGUAGCUGUGCUUACCAUCACAGUCGGGGUUAAUGCUGCCUCAUUUUUAGGCUUUCAAGUAAAUCACAUUGAUUUGAGUCCAAAUUAUGCUGGUAUCUUAAUGGGUAUCACUAAUUGCGCGGCUAAUAUAAUGAGUAUUAUAGCUCCUUUGGUUGUGGGCUUCGUAGUCAGUGAUGAGACGAAUCCUCAACAGUGGCGUACUAUAUUUUACAUAGCUGGAGGUUUUUAUUUUAUUGGAAACUCACUUUUCAUUAUUUUUGGUAAGACUCGUGUACAAACGUGGAAUGAAUCUCAGAGCUCAUCACAGGAAAUGAAACCAGUAGCGCAAAAUAUAAAUGAUGUUAAGGUUAAUUAAAUUGUAUGUAACAUAAA